UCGCUCAAAGGUUGUUCUUGACUUUACAACUCGUAUUUUCGGAUUAUUCAAAAUGCACGUAGUUUAAAUAUUUAUGCACUGAAGAAGUUGUAAAUAAUUUUGUUGUUGAUAAAUUUGAAUCCAGGGUAUGGUGACAAGUUAGGCCUGACAAACACUCGAUAAUUUAUUAGAUAUAAAAAAUACGCGUAAUUUGCUAUGGAUAAGCAUACGUGUAUCCCGUGCGCCAGAGAAGGCACGAAAAUUUCGGCAGUUAAAUACUGUAUUGACUGUGACAGUCCGUUGUGUACCGAGUGCCUUAAACAGCAUAACCGGUUCGAUGCCAUGAGAUGUCAUCAGAUUGUUGAAACAGGUUCCGGGCCCGACACUUCCAAAGAGAGAUUUGAACUUCCAACCCAGAGAUGCGCCACACAUCAUGGUAAACUUAUAGACAUGUACUGUGGGGACCAUGACGAGGUCUGCUGCGUGGCUUGUGUUGCAGUUAUCCAUAGCCACUGUAAGGGUAUGACGUACUUGCCACAAGCCGCUGCUAAGUUUACACAUUGCACCGAUAACGAUAUUGCCGCUAUCAAAGAAAGAAUAAAUCAACUUCAAACACGUCUCGGUGCCCUUAUACCGGGGAAACGUCAAGACACAACAAGAGUUCAUGAGGAGAAAGAAUCCAUUCUUCAACAGAUUAGAAUGAUUAAGGAAAUGGUGAUCCAGCACUUUGCUGACAUAGAGUCACAGCUGGUAUUCGCUUUGGACAGCACUGUAAACUCUUCAGCAGAGGAGAUUUCAAAUGAUAUCAACAAACUUGAAGAGACGAUUAGCUCGUUAAAGAACGAAGUAAACUUACUAGAGGAGCAAAAGAAAGGUUCUAAUGUGUCCUCUUUGUUCGUACAACUGAAAAUAACUACAUGUUGCGAGAGACGAGGGUUAUCCUUGGAAAAGAUGUUGAAUUCAAAGCGUCCAAGAACAAUUGAAUUCAAUCCAAAUCUAAAACUAUAUACGGUCUUAGACGAGUUAAAAACGAUGGGUGAAGUAUUUGAAAACUAUUUCACCGGGUCACCAGCUACACUUGGCGAAUGCUCCAUUCAUGCUACGAAAGAAAAAUCUAUCAGCGAUGUAUCGAGUACAUGCGCGUUGCAUGAUGGGUCAAUUAUUUUAACCGACUUUAAGAAUGAGACAAUUAAGAAAGAACUGGGUGGAUUUAUUGUGCAGUCGCGGGAACUACCUGGACCUCCUUUAGGGGUUUGCUACAUGGACCACAGUACGGUACUUGUUAGUUUAUGGAACAAAAUGAACGUAAAAGCCGUAGCAACCAGCACCCUGAAAGUAACCCAUGAUUUACACGUCGGGAAACCAUGUCGCGGGAUUGCGUACAACGACGGUCUCAUGUAUGUGACAUGCGGCGGAUGGUCGGAAGGCAACGAGGGUCCGGGUUAUGUUGCCGUUUACCAGAUAAUUCAACACUACCAGAGGAAAGAGACAGAAACCUCGUUUGAGAGCAACUUUCUGAAAACUAUCACUAAUCAGAUAGGCUUUCCUCAUCAGAUUACCACAAGUAAGGACGGUUCCGUGAUUUACGUCGCUGAUGCCGACACCGGUUUAAUCAUAAUGACCAAAUAUGGGCGUGUCUUAAAUGUCUUUAAACACGAGGAGAUGGAUGCACCUGUAGGCGUUUGUCUCGGGCCAAAGAAUCGGUUGUUCCUCUGUGGCGGGAAGUCGAACAACGUGAUGUUACUGUCAGCAGACGGACAGUAUCUGAGAACCGUCAUAUCUGAAAGCGACGGCGUACAGAGGCCCAUGGCACUCUGCUACUGCGAAGAAAAGUCGCGCCUUGCCGUGACCAUGAGUAAAAAUGAUAAAAUGAAAACAGUAACCUACAAUUGUAAGCCAAAUGACAACUGACAAUACGAAAAUAUAAUGUUGUAUGUCUCCGAAGUGAUAGGUUGGUGGGUGUAUAUCUUUCAUUUUAUCUGUUCGCCAGUCUGUCUGUCUGUCUGCUGUCUGUCUGCGGGUGGACGACUGAUAUCUUCACGCUUUGGUAUUUAGCCUUCAUACAUAGACAUAACAUAUCUUGGACGAAAAGUGAUGUUUUAUAUUUUGGUUACAUAACUAACUUUUACCACACUAAAAAUCUUAAAUAGACUUGCCCAGGUUUCAAUCUGGAAAAAAAAACAUAUUCAUUUUAGGGAAAAGUUCAAAAUAAAUUUUCACUGAAAAGCGAACAGUGCAGACCAUGAAGAGUGGCUAAUCUUGGUCGGCACUGAUCGCAUGUGUUGAAUCUAUUGCCGCCUGCAGGGUAAGCGUUAAUGUUGAGUUGCGUCAAAUGUUGAGGUACAUGAUCUAUUUGUAAGAAUUCGAUAUGACUUUAUAAACAAUUCUUACAAAAUCUAUAUCCAUUUUCAUUCGCCACCCAAGACGUAAAUAUGUUUUACCAGUCUGUAUGUCGUUUAUUAUGCUAGAGUGUUAUUUUAGUUUUAAUAUUUCUGACAACGAUUGCAACUUAGAAGUUUCUAACUCCUCGGUUCUUGUUUUAAUCCACGUACAAAUGUUUGUUGUAAAUGCUCACGUUUCAUAUAUCUGAUUCUCUUUAUUUCUUUAUUUACGGCAAUGUAAGGAUAUGUAUACCCUGAUAAAAAUAUUUAUUAUAUACUUAUAAAUGAAAUAUUGAGAAAUAUUGAUGAAAUAAAAUGCAUAUUUUCAUUUUCCGUAUUUUCACUGUAAAAACUUAUUUUUCACUGCAGUGAAACAUAUUUUCCGUAUUUCACUGGUGUCUCGCCGGACUACUUUCUUUUAAAUUCUGCCAGUACACAAAAUUUAAUGGAAAGUCUUUCAAAUUUUAUCGCAAAAAAGAGAAAAAUGUAUAUAAUAAACAGAAAAUUCAAGUUUUUUCUAUAAAUACAUGAUUUAUUUUCAUCUUGUGGCAUGAAAAUUAUCAUAUUUCACUCGUGGCUACCGCCACUCAUGAAAUAUUUAUUUUCAUACUGGUCACUCGAUGAAAAUAAAUCAUGUAUUUAUAGAAAAAACUUGAAUAUCUUCUAUAUAUAUGUGUGUUUGUUUUCUAUUUUUAAUAACAUUUAUGUCUGGCUGUAGUCUGUAUGUAAUAUUAAAAAAACCCAUAUCGGCC